ACUCCACCCCAGCCAAAUCGAGGCGUGAUGAAAAGACUGCUGGGGACAGCCAGCAGAGCUCCCCCGCUCAUGUCAGGCGACUGCCUGUCAGCUGAUUUGACCAUCUCUAGGAAUGUCCAUACAGUAUAGGGAUUACAGUACAAUCAGAGUAGCCUGGAGGCCUGUACGACCUUGAAUUUGACGCAGCAAGUGACUCAUUCCGAGCCGAGACGACGCCGUUCUCAGGUCACUCAUUUGAUCCAGUUACUCGGUUUCAAGCUCCCAGUAAUAAGUUAAUACUGAGCACUCGCUCCUGCCGUUUUCGUUGGAGACGCAUUCUAGGUUCUUAUUCUUAUUGCAAUGAGCUACAGAGGAAUGGAAUUCUCGUUCUUAUCUGUGUGCUUCUGUCUGGCUAUUAUCUUCCAUCAAUCCUCGGCUGUAAGCGGAGAGACAUCCGUUCCAACUAUUCUGAACCUUGGAAGGAAAGAGAAAAUCGACCUUUCUGGAACGGUGCAUCGAGCGCGAAAGAUUGCACAGACUCCUCAGCUCGGAUGGAACAGCUGGAAUCACUUCCAAUGCCGGAUUACUGAAGGCAUUGUGAAAACCGCAGCGGACAAGCUCGUGUCAUCAGGACUAGUAGCUCUUGGAUACGUCUAUGUCAACAUAGAUGAUUGCUGGCAGGCUGACUCCCGAGAUUCAGAGGGUCGCCUGGUACCUUCUCCUGUCUGGUUUCCUUCGGGAAUCAAGGCGAUUGCGGACUAUGUGCACAGCAAGGGGCUCAAGCUGGGGAUCUACUCUGAUGCAGGGACUCGCACGUGUGAAGGCAAGCCCGGUUCACUUGGGCAUGAGGCCAUUGACGCCCACACCUUUGCUGAAUGGGGAGUGGACUACCUGAAAUACGACAACUGCUACAACGAUGGAACCCCAAACAAGUUGCGCUACACAGUCAUGCGCAAUGCACUGGAGGCCACAGGGAGGGACAUCUUCUUCUCCAUGUGUGAAUGGGGACAGGAUGACCCUGCUCUGUGGGCGUAUGACGUGGCAGACUCCUGGCGGACCACCGUUGACAUUGGGGACACGUGGAGAGGGGAGAGGAAGAGGGAAGCGGAGCAAGAGGAUUGAAGCUAUUGGGGAAGGGGAGGGGAAGGAAGGGAUGCGAAGUCAUCUCCCUGCCUGUGUAUAUAUGCAACUUGUUUCGAGGCGUCUCAAAAUUGCGCGUGAUAGGAGUCUAGUUUUGAGGAGUCUCAAAAGUGCGUGAUAGGAGUCUAGUUUUGAGGCACCUCAAAACUAGGAAGGGAUGGGAAGUCAUCUCCCUUCCCGUGUAUAAGCAACUGAGGUCAUUUUUUAUUUGACUCAACGUAAAAACUCGCCUCGAGAGGAAGGGAGAGAUGAGAAGAAGUUUCCCUACUACCUAUGUCCAUGCGAUGUCAAUUCUUCCGAACUUCACCUCUUUAUCUACGUGCAUGUACCCUGCUCCCUCCCUGCAUGCAUGGCACAUGGCACAUGGCACACGGCAUAUGACUCAUGGCACGUGGCACGUGGCAUGUGGCACAUGGCACAUGGCACAUGGCGGCACAUGGCACAUGGCAUGUGGCACAUCCAGCAUGAUUCGGAUUGCAGACCUUAACAACAAGUGGGCCAAGUACGCCAAGCCAGGCGGGUGGAAUGACCCCGACAUGCUGCAGGUGGGGAAUGGCGGCAUGAGAGAGUCGGAGUACCGCGUGCACUUCAGCCUCUGGGCCAUCAUGAAGGCGCCUCUCUUGAUUGGCUGCGACCUCUCUCGUGUAUCAAAUGCGACACUGCGCAUUCUGGGGAAUGAUGAAGUCAUUGCUGUUAACCAAGACCGGCUGGGAGUGCAGGCAAGGAAGGUGCAAGUCUCUGAGGACAGCCUCAUAGAGGUGAGAGAGGUCAGAUGGGCCCUUGCUCGCCUAGGGUGAGGGAGGUCAGAUGGGCCCUUGCUCGCCUAGGGUGAGUGAGGUCAGAUGGGCCCUUGUUCGCCCAAGCUGACUCUGAUGAUGCUGCAUGUGCUUGCAAGCGAGCUGGUCCUUGUGGCACUUCACAGCAACUACCUCAUGGGGCAGCACUAAUU